AUGGCGAAGAUUUUUGGUCAAGCAAAUCGCGUAAUCGUUUAUCUCGGAGAGGCGGCAGAUGAUAGCGAUCAAGCGCUCGAAGGUAUACGUGUUGCUGCAGAAGGUGAAUCUCCGAAUGUAAUAGUCAAUGAAAUGGAUCAGAGACCAAUUCUUGAACUGCUCAAACGACCAUGGUUCCAGCGUAUUUGGGCAAGUUAA